CCUUGGCCGGAGGAGUGGGACAGAGUGAGGCGAGCACCGAUUGGGUGGCUCGGCCCCGGAGGGCAGGACACCAAGGCUCGGCCCUCGUGUCCACACAGGGCAAAAAGGAGACCCGGUCCGGAGUCCGUGGGAAUCCAGAGGAGAAAAGUCACAGGGCUUGUUGGAAAGGGGACCGGACUCGAACCUGGGACUUUCCGGGCAAUGGCAGCAGCCAGGGCUAGCCUGGGCCGGAUCCUUCCAGAGUCCUCCAUCCUGUUUCUCUGCGACAUGCAGGAGAAACUUCGAGACAAAGUCCUCUACUUCCCACAGAUCGUGUCAAUGGCCGCUCGGAUGCUAAAGGUGGCCCGGCUGUUGGAUGUCCCUGUCUUGCUGACGGAGCAGUACCCACAAGGCCUGGGCCCCACAGUUCCCGAGCUGGGCGCUCAGGGCCUACAAGCCGUGAGUAAGACAUGCUUCAGCAUGGUGCCCCCGCUGCAGCAGGAGCUGGACCGGCGGCCCCAGCUGCGCUCCGUGCUCCUCUGCGGCAUCGAGACCCAAGGCUGCAUCUUGCACACAGCCCUGGACCUCCUGGACCGAGGGCUUCAGGUCCAUGUGGCGGUGGAUGCCUGUUCUUCUAGAAGCGAGACCAACCGGCUGGUGGCCCUGGAUCGAAUGCGGCAGAGUGGAGUCUUUCUGUCCACCAGCGAAGUGCUGAUUCUCCAGCUGGUGAAGGAUUCUGCACACCCACAGUUCAAGGAGAUCCAGAAGAUCAUUAAGGAGCCAGUCCCAGACAUCGGGCUGCUAAGCUUCUUCCAAGGCAAGAACAACCCCCUGUUGCUGGACUCCAGGCCCUGACUUGAAGGAUGGACCCAUCCACCCUCCUUGUCACCCAGGCGUUGAUGGAUGCCUUUUCCUUCAUCCAUGGAUCCCAAGAGUGGUGCAGUCCGCCAGGAGGACCGCCCCCGUGGGAGAGGAGGCGUGGUUCUGUCUUCCUAUUGGGCAUCUGGUCCCGGAAAUGCAAAUGAGACUCCCGAUGCCGGGUGGGAAUUGGCUGAGGGAAAGGUGGGGGCGUGGCUGGGCCCCGGGCCACUUCAUGGAGCGGGAAAAGGAGGGGGAAGGAAUGUCACAACUGGGACCCGGUCUCAGAGAAUAAACAUUGAUGUGGCUGA